AUAUCAAGGUGCAUGGAUAUGAUUUUAUUUUUCUUCUCCAGACAUUGACUACUCGGCAGGAAAAAUAUAUCAACAUGUGACUGAAUAUGCGCGAAUUCCCGAGCAUACCGAUCCCCAUGAUAUCGCCCGUGUGCUGACCUGGAUCCUUCACGAUGUGAAGAGAUUUCAAACAGAACAGAAUCUUAUGCCCUUUCCACUAUCUCUUCACCGGGCUUACGAUUGUUUUUAUACACUUGACAUUGACCACAACACACUGACCACAAAGGCAUGGAUGGAUGCUGGCGAUGACGUUUGCCUUGAUAUAACCCUCUUCCGUAUUACUACUACCUCGGGUUCAGCGCACGUGGAACGGAUAUACAAUAAAGAGGGAGAUUAUCGCAGGCGCGGGCUGCCGGUGUCAACAAUCGAUAAUGCUUUGUCUGAAUCCGUUUCGGAAGAACUGGAACAUGAGCUAAAUGGCCUCUCAUCACACUCAAACCGUCUACAUCUUCUCCGCGAGCGACUAAUUCUAGAUCUCCUGUAUCAAUGGCGGUCCUUUUUCUACGAUGAAGACAAUUGGAGCUCCUCCUGGUUGCUGCACAAGACUCUCUGCGAGGCACUCCUUUGGGUGGCCUCUUGGGACUUUACCGUCCAAAAUGACAUUACGGCUAAGCGUGAUAUUGGAAAGCUGCCGAUAUCUCCCUAUGCUUUCCCCGAAUGGAAUCCAAACGCCGCCGACAUAUUCUGGUUUCACGGCUAUCUCAUCGUGAUGUGUGCCGAUGCAUCAGACAGUACGAUAGCGGCUUUUGCAUUGGAAAGAGCAAAGGCUUUUCUGGAGAAUCAGCCUGCGACAGUCAUCGUCCUUUCUCUCCCAAGCCUUGCAGUCGUGACAAUAGAAUCUGGUGGUAUUCGAUCUACACGACCAGUGCCAUUUCUUGGACCAAAUCCGGAUGUUGUCACCCAAGGAAUGCAUAUCCUCUUCGGUCUCUUUACGUCGGUUUCCUGUCCAAGGAAAAGAGCUACGGUGCAUGGAAGCCUUUCCCUUCCAAUGGAGCUUUGGUGGAUGAUUUUCCAGCACCUUGAUUCUUCCUCCAGGAUCAAAUUCGCACAAACCACAGAAGCUUUUGAAAUGAUAUAUCACUCCUGCUUACCGGAACUGGCAGGCUCGAAGUUUAUUGCACGCCCUGUCAACAAAUGGCCGUCGCCUACACGAAUCUGCACAAUUGAACGAACUGGAUCGAUUGGUCAACUAAAACUCGCAGGGCGCUCGACUGAUCCGGUUACAUUUUCGAUUUCAUUUCGGGGAAAAUUCUCUGGACUUGCAUAUAUUAAUACAUUGAGCCCAUCAGGUGGCUGCCUGUCCACUGCUUCAUCUCAGCGCAGUUUUCUAACUUAGCGCUCUUGUGGCCAUGGUGAUUUCCAAGGUCCCAGGUCUGCAAUACAGUCGAGCCGGGUGUAAUAGGCACCAAAUGAUUGCGCUGGUUCGGGGGUUCUGGUUGAUGUCUAAACUCCCUAUGGUACUCGUAAAAUGCGAUUUCGCGACCUCGUAUGAGGACGGCAAAUAACCUAUCAAGGCCAUUUGCUGAGUGCACCGCAUUGAACAGUUGGUCGAGCGACGAGAGCCAAGCAUCACCAGGUUUUUUGCAUUCCACAAUUGUAUGGUCCCGAAACGCUCCAUUUUCCAGGAGGCGCAAGACUAUGAAGUCGGGCUUGUUGGAUCCCCGUAUCUGCUCCGGCGCCAGCAAAAUG